GGGAGGGAGGUAGCCUUGUUGAGUGAGUGAAGAUUAAUGUCGUGCGCUUUUGCCGUCAGCAUCCCGUGCACGCACCUGCCUUGGGACUAGACUCCACCAGAGCUGCCUCGCGUUUGAACUGGAAACCUUGCGCGUCUCGCUAUAUCUGGAUUAACGGAAUGGAUUAGAGAUCUAAGAACGCCCCUUUCCCAUGUCGGAGGAGAUGAAGAAGCAGCACCUUCCUCUUCCUCACCAGGAUGUCCAGAGAGAGAUCAGAGAGGGGGAGUAAAUGGGGAUUACACUAUGAUGGAGCCCUGAUACAGAGGACAAAGCACAGUUAAAUGGAGGAGCGGGACAGAAGCCGCUCCCCGUCCCGCAGGACCAGUCGGGUGGAGCAGGUGGUGGGGCGAUGGCUACGACGCUCCAGGGAUUCCAGCAGCAGAGAGCGUAUCCUGGUAGAUGGGAAGGCAGCUGCGGGGGGAGAGUCUAGCAGUCAGGACCAGAAGAACAACUACCCGGUUAGACUGACCGUCCAGAUCCUACGAGACCCCCUCCUCAACACUCAUGGACUCACCCUGACACCUCAGACACCCAUACUGGUGCAGGACGUCACCCCAGCGGGGCCGGCUGAUGGAAGGCUAGUCCCUGGCGACCAGGUCGUAAAGAUCAACAAUGUGGCCGUCGACGACCUGACCCCAGAGCAAGCGGCUGACCUCAUCAGGGAGUGUCAGUACUCUGUGAUGAUAACGGUCCUCAGAAACUCAGCGGGACCCAAGUCUUCCUUCAUCACCCCAGAGAAGAGAGCUAAACUCCGGUCCAACCCAGUCAAAGUUCGCUUUGCUGAGGAGGUUGAAGUCAACAGUCACUCUCAGGGCAACUCGCUGCUCUUCCUCCCCAACGUUCUAAAGGUGUAUCUGGAGAACGGACAGACCAAGGCCUUCAAGUUUGAACCCAACACCACUGUCAAGGACAUAGUGAUGACCCUGAAGGAGAAACUGUCUCUGUCUCGUAUCGAACACUUCUCUCUGGUUCUGGAACAGAAGUAUAGCAUCAGUAAACUACUGUUACUACAUGAAGAGGAGAGGAUACAACAGGUGGUUCAUCAGAAGGAAGUCCAUGACUACAGGUGUCUGUUCAGAGUGUGUUUUAUACCCAGAGAACCUGAGCACCUGUUACAAGACGACCCCACUGCCUUCCAGUACCUCUACCUGCAGGGUAUAAAUGAUGUGCUACAGGAGCGUUUUGCGGUGGAGAUGCGUUGCAACACGGCCCUGCGUCUGGCAGCCCUGCACAUACAGGAGAGACUAGCCAGCUGUGGACAGUCACCUCGGACCAAACUCAAGAUCAUCACGAAAAGUUGGGGCAUUGAGAACUUUAUCUCUUCAACCCUCCUGAGGAACAUGAGGGAGAAGGAUCUGAGAAAGGCCAUUGGCUAUCACAUGAAGAAGAGCCAAUCACAGGAGCCAAAGCAGAAGGUGCUGUCGGCCAAUCAGGCGAAGAUUAACUACCUGGAGGAGCUGUGUGACCUCAAGUCCUUUGGCGGGAAGUCCUUCAGCGCCACCAUGAUGCUCCAGGACAGAGAGUCGAUGGUGACCCUGUUGGUGGGGUCGCGGCACGGUAUCAGUCAGGUGGUGAACCACAAACUGAGCAUCAUGACCACACUCACAGAGUUCAGCAGUAUCACACGCAUAGAGCUGCUGCCAGAGUCUGACCGUGUUAGUCUGGUCAAGAUAUAUCUACAGGACAUCAAGCCUAUCACCCUGUUGUUGGAGUCAGUAGCAGCUAAGGAACUGUCCUGUCUGGUGGCAGGGUACUGUCGUGCCCUAGUGGACCCCAGCCUCAUCAUCUUCCCCUGGACACAGGACGCCAAGCAGCACCGUGUGUCCGCCGAGGAGGGUUAUGUGUCGCGGUGUGGCAGUGACUCGGACGAUUCCUCCGACAUGGACAUGGACACUCUCAUCUCCCUUGUAUCCCAUAACAACAAGCGAACCACAUCAGACCCUGUCGGUCUACGCCGGAUUAUGGAGGAGAGGAAAGAGGAGAGGAAAGAGAGGAAGGAGAGAGAGGAGAGGAAAAAGAAGGGAGAAGGAGAACAAGAGAAAAAUAUGAAAUACGGAACUAUGUCUCCACUGAGAAAAAACAGAGAGAAGGAGAGAAUUGAGGAGAAGGUGGGAGGAGUUGGGGACCAGAGAAAGAAAGACACUGGGGGAGAGGCGAAGUCCGAGAAACAACGAGGUGCAGAGAACAGAGGACUGCAGGAAGAGGAGAGGAAAGAGAGGAAGGAGAGAGAGGAGAGGAAAAAGAAGGGAGAAGGAGAACAAGAGAAAAAUAUGAAAUACGGAACUAUGUCUCCACUGAGAAAAAACAGAGAGAAGGAGAGAAUUGAGGAGAAGGUGGGAGGAGUUGGGGACCAGAGAAAGAAAGACACUGGGGGAGAGGCGAAGUCCGAGAAACAACGAGGUGCAGAGAACAGAGGACUGCAGGAAGACGACAGAGAAAGAGAGGACGAGAGCGCAAAGAAGGAAAGAGAAGGAGAGGAGAGGAAAGGAGAUGAGGAGGAGGCGUCAGACUCGUGUCGUACUGACUCUCGUUUCAUGACCAGCAUCUCCAGUGACUCCCUGGAUGCUCUGGAGGAAGAUGACCUGAUCGCCUGCUCUUCCUCCCUCCCUCACCCUCACCCUCCCUUCCGCCUCACAGUGGAGCCCCCCAUCCCCAGCCUCACCCACGAGGGGGUGCAUCCUCACCCCAAGGAGGGGCAGGAGAGUGGAGAGGAGAAGGAGAACCUGAACUAUGCUGAGCUCUCUCUCAUGCUGGAGUACCUCCCCAGUCCUCCGGAGAGAGACGCAAGGCAUUACUACAAUAUCUGCCCUAAUGUUACCCCUGACAGCACCCGCACCCGCAGCCUCACCCACCCUCACCCUGAGACUGAGGAAGAGGAGGGUGGUGGUGAGGAGGAAGAGCAGGGGGCGCUCCUAACCCUGGAGCCUGUGCCCAUCCUCCAGCCGCCUCCAGGGUUCGGGGACAGCAGUUCUGACGAGGAGUUCUUUGAUGCGAGGGAUCGGUUUGCCUCGCCUGAAGACCCAACAUCAGGGACUGUGUCCCGAGUCUCCUACCCUGGACCGGACCAAAACCAGGAGCGGAACAGGGACUGGAACCCAGAUCACAUUCCUGAUCAGUAUCCGGACCGGGCACAGAACCGGACAGAGAGUUCAGAUGAAAGCCAGCAGCUGAGUCUGGACCCAGAACCCUCUGAGCAGAGCCAGAACCCAUGUCCUACUGUCUCUUCUCUGAGCCACGCCGAGGGGGAGGCGUCCCAGCUCGAGUCCAAGCCUAUCCUCACCAAGCCCAGCCCAGAGGGGUCCCAUCGGGGACCUGGAGAGCCAUGUGUGCCUGGUAACCCAAAAGGAGAUCCACGGGCGCCUGAUAACCCGAAGGCUAACCUCCAUAGGAGCUCCAGGAGCAGGCGGCAGUCCAUGGAGACGGAGCCUGACGUGAUGGAGUCCAAAUCGGUCACUGCCCUGGUGACGGCAGCCUCCCUCUCCAUCACGGCUGUCCGCUGUAGAGUAGAACCAGACGGCAAGGAGAGCACUGAUCGGAGAGGAGACGGGGAGGAGGUGGAGGGAGAGAUGGAGGAGGAGGAGGGGGGCGGAGAAGCAGGACCAUUCACAUGCUUCCUCCUCCGGCCUUGCUCACCGGGCAUCAUCGGGCAAAGCCUCUCGGCCUCCACAUUACGGGGGAAGAUCCAGAACCUGCCCCUCUAUUUAUCUCGCUCCCAGGAAACCCUCACCCUCUCUGGGGUGGGAAGCCCCAACAGGAACCCUUCUCCGGAGACCACCAGCAACAAGACUGAGGUAAUGGUCACCACCGAAACCACCAAGGACGACGAUGUCACAAAAUUGGUGACAGUGGAGGAUUUGAAAGAUUCCGGGGUGGCGUUGGCAGAGUCGGAUGAUUCCGAGGUUACGCUGACAGAAUCGGAGGUUGGCGAGGUUGUUGUGGAGACGGCCGGGCGGAAAUCACGAGAACCCAAGCCAGAGCCUUGCCCUGAACCCCUAUCAGGCCCCAAAAUGUCCGCUCCAUUGGUUUCCUGCCCCUCUGCUAUAGUGGUGACCACACAGAGUCUGAACGGACCGGGGCUCAGCUUCCCUGGUUAUAACAUGAGAGGACGGCCAUUUGGGAACAACAGCUUCUGUAAACCCCCAGGUGAGGAGGCAGGCCUGCUGAACACUCUGACUACAGGCUGUGGGGUCUUCACCUCCACCUGUGAGACCCAGCCCAACCAGGCCCACAUGGAAUCCUAUUCCCCAGCAAAGCCUGAUUUUGGGUGUAGCUCGGUGCUGGCAUCAGGGUGCGAGACGGUCCUGGAGGGGGUGCAGACGCCCCUGGAGGCAUGCAGGUGUCCGCCACCGCUGGUUUGUACCAACUGUUUCAGCGGGGGUGACAGCUUCGACGAUGAGUUGACAGUUUACGAGUUCUCCUGCCGGACAACCUCCUUUCCUCGCUCCAUCCUGCCCCCCUCCUCCUCCAUGGAGCUCACCCCUCUCCUCUCCCCACUCCUUUCCCCGUCCAACUGCUUCUUGUCCCAGUCAAGUCUCCAUGAUGAUAUCAGCCGACUACGCCACCGCCGCUUCCCACCGCCCCCCGCAGGGUUCCAGACCAUCCGGAGUGACGUGGACGAGCUUCUCACCCUCCUGCAGGGGGGGAGGAUGGGGGGGAAAGGGGGGAGGCACCCCAGGGAGACCUGCGCCACCCACUUCUCAGAAAACAAGCGUCUUCUCCACAUGGAGGCCCGGAGGCUGAUGGCCGGCUGUCAGAAGGUGGUCCGGGUGGGGCAGACCCCGGAUGAGAUGCUCUUCUCCCUCUCUGACAGCUUCAGGACCCUGGUGGGCAUGGCCGGCAUGUGCCUGUGGUUCUCCGGGUGCGACCGGUGCGACCGGAGGAAUGCCGAGGCACUAGCGGGGCUGGCGGACGUGGCCAGAACGUACCGGGAGUUUGUGCUGGCAGCGGAGAGGGCGAGCGGGAGGCGGAGCUGUCAUGACCUCAGCACCAAGCUUCUUGCCAAGCAGUGUACUGCCCUCACUGCUUCCGUCUUCUGCCUCACACAGCUGUUCCGCACACUCACCGCCCUCUGAACUGAACCAACGAACUCUGACCCCUAUAACAACAAAUAGGUUGACCUUUCAAUUCUGACCUCUAGACCCACUACACAGGGUUGCCAGCCAAUCAGUCAGUCACCAGGCUGAGUGGGGAAUGAAUGUGUGAACUGCAACAAGUCCACGUAGUGAAAAAAAACAGUAGAAGCACAAUUGAAAGGAGAGAGAGAUGAGAUGGAUGAAACAAGACGGGUCUAAUCUCCUGUGACAUCAUAGAGAGCCUCUGUGGCAUCAUAAAUAAGGAACCUCUGUGACAUCACAAAGCGCCUGUGUGACAUCACAGAGAACGUGUGACACGCUGGAAGACAUAAGAGUGAUGUCAUAACAGGUCCCAAAUGACUGUUAAGUUUUUUUAACAGUAACCUACAGUAUGCUGUGCAAGUACUGCAACCACACAACGAGGGACAAACUGGACAUACAUAGCAUCAUCACCAAACUGCAAGAAGCCUCACGCAAUGACAAUCUCCGCACUCAAAGCCAACCUGCUUGCUUUGAUAUAGCAUUUAAGUAACUAUUAUAUUUGA